CAAAUAUUUUAUUGUAACAAUAAACAAAAGUUUACUAGAGAUCAAUUUUAUCUAAUUCUUAGCUAGAGGAAUAUUUGCAAUACAGAAAUGACAUGGCACUCAGUUCUACAACUGUGAAACAGAAAGGACGUCAGCGUCGCAAGCCAACAAUAUGGACAAGAGAAAAGAUUUAUAAACUAAUUGAGCUGUAUCGUGCAUCGGAUUGUUUAUGGAAUCAUUAUUCGGAAUUGUACAAAAACAAGGAUUGUAGAAAUAAAGCUAUAGAUCAGAUAUGUAAAACGCUGGAAAUUUCCAAAAUUGAUUAUGGUAAAAAAGUGCAUAAUUUGCGAAAUCAAUUCAAUUCAGAAUUAAAGAAAUAUGAAAGACGUUUGGAAAAAAUGGGUGGUACGAAAAAUGCAUCACCAAAAACCUGUCGCUGGGAGCAUUUUGAAACCUUAAUGUUUUUGCGACCUAUCAUUGAGCCCCGACCGGGAUAUCAACCACAAAUCAAGAAAUCUGUAAAUAGCAUUAAUUUAUCCACUAAGGAAAAUACCGAAGAGGAAACUGCGGAAAGCCCGAUAGAAGAAAACAAGGGAUUGCCAAUAUUAAGUGCCGAGCAGUCAAAUAGCCGCGUUGCAGAACUGGAACCGUGCGAAGUACAACCAAAUUCUGAAUCAAAACAUUGCAGAAACUUUUCAUCAAUUUCCACGCAUAUUGAAAAGCAAAAUUGCAUGGAAGUUCCGGGGCCAGGAGUUCGUGAUCAGUGGGAUGCAUUUGGCGAAUUAAUAGCCAAUGAAUUUCGGAAUCUAAACUCAAUGAUUUCGCGGAAGAAACUUAAACGUAAAAUCAUGCAAAUUAUGCUAGAAGUUGGCGAAGAAGAUGAUAAAAAAUAUACAAAUGUCAAUUGAA